AUGGUCCGACGAAUAGAAUCUAAUGCGAACACCACGUCCGCAAUCAUGAAAAAACAGCCAGGAAAAGUUAAAGAAUUGAUGAACAGCCAGCUGAAACCAUUUAUAAUAAGCCCUGUGCACGUGCUCAUUAUCUCACUGUUAUUUAUAGGAACUGUUUUUGUGCUGCACCUUUACGCGAGAUUCUCACCAGGAACAACUUCGUUGCAGUUGGUCAUUGCUUUUGCUGUUUUGAUAUUGAGCGUUUUUGCUUCGUAUCAGUUAAAUAAACGAUUGUGAUUGUGUUCACGA